UAAAACGAGGCUAUGUCACUUCCUUGACUGUCAUUCCGUUGCUUUGCUGGCCAAAGUAAUCUGGAAUUUUUGAGGGAACCAUUACUCUCUUCGACAUCAUGAAACUGUUAGCCGUUUGCCUCUCGCUUCUCUUUAUUGAAUUUACCUACGGUGAUGUAUACCUACACUAUCCUCGAGGAUCGAACAACAGACUGAACGAGCGGUCAGCACAGAGGACCAAUGGAAAUAGGGCUUUCGACUCCCAGAAUAACAAUAGAGGUGGAUACAAUGUUGGAGAUAAAACAGACAAGCCAUUUAGUAAUGAGGAUGGCCAGUUUAAUGAGGUGUUUUUCAUGAGCAGUUCUCAAUCAAAGACCAGCAAAAGCCAAGGAAGAAGUUUGUUGAGCAUAGAGUGGACAAACCAGCAUGGUUGUGGAGGGAAUGAAGACACUGAUCCCCACAAGGUUAAUUGUAACCUUGUUAUCCAGUAUCUAUGCCAGCCUGAUAAGAGUUACCCAAAUGGACACAAGAUGAAGUUAAGAAAUGGUCGUACCACAGGGACACCUACAUUUCAAGGUGGACCAAAGAAUGAAAUAGUUGCUCAGACUAUUGCAAGGAGAGAUGGAAAUCUAAACAUACAGCAUGUUUUGCAAGAGCGCUGGGAGUGGUAUGAAAAAUGCAAUGUAAGAAAAAGAAAUAAAGGUCUUUUUACUGCUGAUCAAAAUCUGCGAGGAGACACAGCUAAGUAUACCAGGCAGAACCCUAAUGGAAACAGGAGAGGCUAUGAAUGCCCAGAAGAACGAGAUUACUUCCCAUAUUGGCACCCCACAGAAUGGAAGGACAUUGCCGUUCUCGCUGAGAAUGCAUCAAGAUGCUCUUUCUAUCAGAGAGAAAGUUUCAACGUCAAAUCUAAACAUGAAUGUAUGAGUAAAGACAGUGCCGGAAAAUAUAAAAUUGCCACCGAGUAUAAUAACAAGAAAGACUGCGAAGAUAACAGUGGACAGUGGAUGGAAUUUCAUAAUUUCCUAGAAAAGGCUACGCAGUACAAAACAAAGCCGUCCUGUCUCGCAGCUUCUAGUAAUAGUGUUAGGUUAAUUUGGGGUCGAGCUCUGUAUAGUACUCAAGAAGAAUGUCUUGUUGCAUUGGAUAAACCAGAGUGCAAGGAAGCAAUGUGGUCACGUGACAAUCACCUUGGUAACGGUAUGGGUGGACAGCCUCUGAGGUACACUUGGAAACUGCCUUAUUUUCCUUCUGGAGAUACCCAGAGAUGCGUUUUACGACUUAGGUAUAAUAUUUCCACUGAUGAUUACGAUCCAGUCAAGACGGAUUCAAAAUCAAAUUUGAACAGGUUGACCGGUGUGUUGUCUCCUGUUGAAAACAACCCACAAGUUGAUGUUGGCGUCAGCAAUACGCCACUCCGCCUCGCAAUGAACACGGCGCAGUAUGGUCGCACUUUCCAAGAUAGAACACAUCUGUUUCUUCUUAAAAAGCGUCCUUCCUCAAGUCUCGAUUCAAAGACAAUACAUAACUUGGGAGUUCGUGGAAAACGAGGCAACAUCGUACAGGUCUACCCAGCUGUCGAGUACGACUUCUUCCCAACAAAUCUAACGAUAAAAGAAGGGGAGUUGGUGCAUGUCCAGUGGACUGGGUCUAAUACACACAAUAAUGGGGCCCCCGGGGGCGAUGGACAGACUGGUGAUGCCGGUGAAGGAACUGGAGGGACUGAUAGAAGCAACAUUAUGGAAGUUAAAAAUCUCAAUACAAAUUACCCGGUCCCGUUUAAAAAUGCAAAAAUGUUUAAAGGAGCCAAAAUUCAUUGGUCAUCGUUUGGAGACUCGAAUUUCGUAAAGAAGCUAUCGAAUGAGGAUGUGGCGGUUACCUUUGGAAGCUCGGGAUAUUAUUUCUGCAUGAAGUCCAGCACAUGUGGAGCAAAUUCAGUAGAAAGCAAAACACCAAUGAAUAACCUAUUGAACAACGCACCAGCCUCGUUUGGAGGUAUGCUUGUAGAGUUCACAAAGGGUAUGUACCAUUACAUAUGCACUAGGAAUAACAACUUCACAAACAGAAGUCAAAAAGGAACCAUCGAGGUGAAAUAAGUCUUAAUCGAUAACGAUGAAGUAUCAAUCGUGUAUAACCUAACUCUAGAUUAAUAAUUUGUAUCAUAGACCGACAAAAUAUGAAUGAAAGGGUUUCGAGCUUUAAACUCAUCGUCGUUAUGAUUUUCUACUUCCUUUUGUCAUAUUUCAUUCUCCGUCUUUUCCCAGGUCCCUUAAAUUUCUAAGUUAAGGUAUUAUUUCCCAUUGCAUUCGUUUUGUACCAGCAUCUUCUGAACUAUCUUUAAAGGACCAUUUUCGCUUCGUAUUUUAACCACAUGUUUUGUCGGUCUUCAUGCAAUGCAGAUUUUAUAACUUUAUGAUUGCGUAUAAUUCAACAAGCUGUAUAUAAAUCGAAACUCAAUUAUUUACCAUGGUAUGAAAUAAUUUAUUUAAUUUGCUCUCUAAUGUAAUUUUGAUACUUGUAUUUUAUUUUAUACUUGUCAGUUUUUAUGCCCAUGCUAAUUAUCUUUUGUAACCCACCACAUUUCGUAUUUUGUAAGUUAUAUAUGUAUUUGCUCUAAGCGUUUUUGGCCCCUUAUAAAACCACGUCAAAACAUGAUUUAAUGUAAAGAAGAGGUACAAAAUUGCAUAUUGUUCAGAAAAUUUCAAGAUAGUAUGAAAGUCUCUAGAAUUGGCAAUUCUCAUUUUAAAGUCUCUGGUCCAUGUUAUUAUAUUUCCUCCUCCUCCAAUUUUGCUUUUAGGCAGGUUUUUUUCUAGCUGGGCAUGAAUGGACCUAGUAGAAACAAAUAGUUGAAUCGCCUUUUCGUAAUGUUUUCCUCGACAUUUAAUAUGUUUUGGGUCAUUUAUUUUGGCUAGUUACGACAUGGUAUUGAAAUUUCCUGCAAUUAUGUUUGAUGCCUUGACCGUUUUUACAAAUCGAUUAACGUGAUUUUCUGUAUUAUACUUGGACGUCUUUUCUAAAUAUGAUGAUAAAAGAUUAAAUGCUGCAAUCAGGUGCGGUAGAUGCAACAAUCAAUUUCAUCCAAUAUUCCGCACGUGUAAUGAGUCUGAUCAUCCUUAUUCCGCCUUUAACUGCAGCUGGUUCUGAUAUACUCGAUAACGUUGUUCAUUCCGAAGUUUUGUCUUAAAUCGAGAAACAACAAGA